AUGUUCAACACUGAGAGUGUAGUCAAAAUGGCCAUCGAGCCAAUCGACCCUUCUGAAUUGCCGAAAAUGUUGGAUGGUCUACGAAAAGUUGACAAGCAACUUCUCGGUAGUGUAUGCGAGUCUCUUGUGCAAGGCUACCAAUGGGCAACUUGUGAGGGUCCACUUUGUAAAGAACGUAUCCGAAAUGUGAAGUUCAAAAUGCUGCACGUCGUUAUAGUAAAGGAGUCAUUGUACGGAGGUGGUGGACAGUUCAUUGCAACAGCUCGACGAUGUGCUUACUCUGCCUUUAUGGCUACACCCGGUGUUGUGGAGCCAUCCUUUGUCGUUGAAGUGUUCGCAUCCGCUGACUGCGUUUCUUCGGCAUACACUGUGCGUUCAUCCUGUGAUGGACUUAUUUGGUUUCGAAACUGUCUUGCGAACGCAUACACAAGGACAGGCAUUCUGCAUGUCGGUGUUCAACCAUUGGCAGAUCGUGCCUGGAGAUCCGUUAGACAAGUCAAUCGUCAUCCGCACUCGAAAGUAUUGAUUUUGUUUACAGUUCACUUUCUGAGAGCAGUGAAAUUUGUUCCCGUGAGAAGGAAUGGUUUGUCGGAGGAUGUCUCUGUCAACAAAUUCUUUUACGAUCCUAUGCUUUUGGAGUUGGCCGAGCAAGAAGAUGUUUUCAGUUAUUCGGGAUUCUAACUUUGUUGUUGUCGUGCUUAUACUUUGUUGAGAUUGUUACAAUAUCUUUGUCAAAUCGGUGUGUUGCUAUAUUCUUAUUACCGUAACAUGAAAUUUCGUGAUCGGGUGCUAAUGUUCUCUCC